ACCUUGAGUUGGACGAGUGUGGUCUGCGUUACCUGCUUACUAUGCAGCUCUACUCAUACCUCUGCCGAACCCUGCCUCCCGCAAAACGGACUCAGCUGCUGAAACAGGGCUCGUCAGACAGUCUGCUCACCUGGGCUGAGUUCAAGCGCUACGGUUGCGGUUGGUGGAUCCGCAGUGACAUUGUGCUGCAAAACUGCGCUGAGAAGAUUGCUCGCUCGGAAUUCAUGCGGACCAAAGAUCCCAUGGUCUCGGCCAUCUUCUACUUGGCAAUGCGCAAAAACACGGUACUGGCUAGUCUCUUCAAGUCUCAGGGCAACCGGCAACUGGAACAGUUCUUCCGUUCUGACUUUAGUCCGGGCCAACCGGCUUGCCGGCAGGCCAAGUUGAACGCAUUCCGUCUGAUGAGUCAACACAAAUUUCAGCAGGCAGCGGCUAUAUUCCUGGUCGGUGGUUGGCUCGAUGAUGCCAUCCGUGUC